AUGGCGAAGUCCAAGAACUCGUCCCAGCACCACCUUAACCAGAAGGCUCACAGGAACGGCAUCAAGAAGCCUAAGACUCACCGUUACCCCUCCCUCAAGGGUGUUGACCCCAAGUUCCGCCGCAACCACAGACAUGCUCUUCACGGCACCAUGAAGGCCCUGAAGGAGCGCAAGGAGGGCAAGCGCGAGGUCGCAUAA